AUGGAUACGGCCCAUACCAUCACCGAUCAGCUGACGAGCUGUGUCUGGGAUUCGCUACCAGAUUCUCAGAAAUGGAUCAGACUUCUUAUUCUCGAACGCGGAGAAGGCGACGAUUCUCUGGUGGGCUCACUCAUCUUUGCCGACAUUGAUUCCGGCGUCCCAGGCACGCCUUCUCCGGGACUGAUGGAGCCGGGCGAUUGUGAAGCAGAUCAAAGUAUUGUGUCAGGGACCGAUGAAGCAGAUCGGAGAGACGCGUCACGAAACGACGAAGCACCUCAGAGCGAUGUGUCAUACAAUGAUGACCUGGCUCAGCGAGUCAUUUCAGAAGACAGUGACACAGCUCAAAGAGGCGAGCCAAGGGCGCCAUCUACCACAGCGAUAAACACACCAUCGCGUCAGAUCGACUAUGAGGCCACAUCGUACUGUGUAGGCAAUACAGAGAAGACUCAUAAGAUCUUGCUUCGCAGUGGGGAUGCUAAAUCCAGGGCAUUGCCGCUUACCAGUAGCGCGUUCCACAUGCUGAAAAGGUUUCGUUUAAAGACCGAGACUCGGACGCUGUGGGUCGAUGCGAUAUGUAUAGAUCAGGGAAAUGCAGCGGAAAGAGCAGAUCAGAUCAUGCUUAUGCACAGAAUCUACACCAAAACGAAAAGGGUGUUGAUCUACCUUGGUGAGCCAGAUGCCACAUUGGGGCCCGCCUCAGAUCUCAUGGCGCGCACCUACGAAGCAGCGCGGGAUGAGCAGUCCUGGGAGGAGCUUGACUCUGCACAAUGGACAGAUAGGCACAACCUGCCUCCCUGGGAGGACUCGACGACGUGGGAGCCGUUGAAAGACUUCUUCUGCCGGCCGUGGUUCACACGAAAGUGGACAAUUCAGGAAUGUAUUCUGCCGCCCAGGGCAAGAUUCUACUGCGGGUGGUGGGAAGCCGAAUGGGAACACCUGCUCGCAUUCAUGUCAACGAGCUACCACAAGGCUCUAGGAGUUCUUGAUCACUCAUCCUACUCCCAAAGCGGGAGGAGAGCACAGCUGUGCAUGGCGCUUCUACAGACGCACGCUAUGUUUAAGUCCCGAUUCCGAUUCAGAACUGGUCACACGUUUUCGCUUAUGCAACUAGCUGAUAUGUUCCAGCCUGCGCGAACAACGGACUUGCGAGACCAUCUGUUCGCGUUGCUGGGCCUUGCCAAUGAUGCAGACGAUCUGACUUUGAAGCCCACGUACGAGACAGCUACCAUACUUGGCACUUGUCUGAGAUAUGCACGAUUUUUCUUAGCGCAAAAGGACAGCCUGGAGGUCCUCUACCGUGCUGGUCUGCACGGGCAAAAGCUUCUUGCGCCGAGUUGGGUGCCCAAUUGGCACGGAGGGAUCCUGGCAUACAGUGAGCCAGGCCCGGAGGGCCCGUGGAAUCCCUUGCGUCGGCCCGAUUUCUACAACAUCGGACGAGGCAGCGCCCUCGAAAUGGAAGAUGCAGCGGAUACCGCCAUCCUUCGGCUCCGGGGGAUCGUUAUCGACACAAUCAAGCAUUUAGCGAACACCCAUCUGGAAGUUGGUACAGCCGCUGUCCACUAUUGGGAUGGCUUUGUUCAGGUGCAAACUCAGUCGCGACAAAUUCAGUAUCUCGAGCAGUGCGACUCUAUCAUCUCGUCAUCCCUAUCAACACUGUUCUGUCUUCCUGAGGAAACGCCGGAAACCGCGCUCUGGAAGACAUUGAUUUGUGGCGUCACUGUAGACGCACAGCGGGCGCCAGAAGAGCCAUAUGCUACAUCGUACGCCGCUCACCGCAAAUGGCUGCGCGGCAAGGCCUUGCCACAAUCCAACAUAGAACCAUUCAAAGACGCGUACAUUCACAACAACAUUGACAAGAUCUUCGGCGUGACGACAGCAGGAUACAUGGGCAUGUUCAACCCGUACACGCAAGUCGGCGACAUCGUCGUGGCACUCUAUGGCGGAGAUUUCCCUUUCGUCCUCCGACCUCGGCAUACAGACACCAAUAAAACCUACGCCUACGACUACGAGCUUGUCGGACAGUGCUACAUCCACGGCCUAAUGGAAGAAGGUCAAUUCGACAUCAACGAUCCGAAGCACACCCCACAAUGGUUCGAUCUAGGCGGCGAAUACGAAGUCGUAGACCCCUGGCAGCCCGAGCAGAACUAG